AUGGAAACAUGGCCUGAAGAAGUUAUUCGAGCAGUUAAUAGAUCAAAAUUUGGUCGUGAUGAAACAAAAAAAUAUGAAUUAAUAGUUUAUAAACCAAUUCCAUCGAUUUUACAAGAUGGUCCACAAUGUGGACUUGUUGCUCUUGCAAUGGCUAUGAAUAUUCAUUCAUAUAAUAUAACAGUACAAAAUAUAUUUGAAAAAGCUAAAGAACUUUUAUAUACAAUUCAAGGUGAAUUAUUCGAUGCUCGUAUAAUUCCAAAUCUAUGUAAACAAUUUAAUUUAAAAGCUACACUUCAUCAAUGGACAAAUAUAACUGAUCUUAUUGAAUGUUUAAAAUCAAAUUAUGUUUGUCUUGUUCCAUAUGAUUCUGAUGCAAAUCAUGAACCAUGUCUUAAAAAAGGUUAUCGAGCACAUUGGCUUCUUGUACAUGGUUAUUUACAAGAAAUAACAAUAUCGUCAUCGAAUAAUUAUGAUUUAAUAUUAGUACAACAUGGAAAAAGUAAAAAUCUUGGUGCAUUUUCACUUUUAGAUCUUUUUCAAAGUAAUGGUCAAUUAAUUGAAACUGAUCCUAAACGUCGAAUUGAGUCAGAUUAUUGUGUACCACAAGAUGGAUCACUUCGAGAAAGUUUAUGCAAUUUAUUUAUUGCAAUAUAA